UCCUUUGUCCUUCUGUUUCUCCUUCUCCUCUUCGCCCUCUUUUUCUGUCCCCUCCAGCGUCUCUGGCUCUCCGUCUCCCAAGGAACUAACUGCGCGUGUAACCGCCGCCGCCUCCAGCCUCGCGCGUCCUACCCGUCAUGAAAAUCAUCAUCGGCAUUGGCGGAGUUACCAAUGGGGGGAAGACCACCCUGACCAACAGACUUAUGCAAACACUGCCCAACUGCAGUGUGGUGCAUCAAGAUGACUUCUUUAAGCCCCAGGAUGAGAUAGAGGUUGAAGAUGGAUUUAAACAGUAUGAUGUUAUUAGUGCUUUGGAUAUGGAUGCUAUGAUGAGUACCAUCAAUGCUUGGAGGAAGAACCCAAUCAAAUUUGAACGAUCACAUGGCAUUAAUACACUAGAUUCCAGAACUGUAGAGGAUUCAGAGGAGAAUGAUACCACCAUCCAUAUCCUUAUCAUAGAAGGAUUCUUACUUUAUACUUACAGGCCUUUGAUUGAUGUAUUUGACUACCGGUACUUUCUUUCUAUUCCCUAUGAAGAAUGCAAGUGGAGGAGAAGUUCAAGGAACUACACUGUGCCAGAUCCACCUGGAUUGUUCGAUGGUCACGUCUGGCCCAUGUAUGUCAAACAUAAGAAGCUAAUGGAAGAUCUUGAUGUUGAUGUAGUUCAGUUGAAUGGAACAAAAUCGAGGGAGGAGCUCUUUAAUGAAGUCUAUGGACAUAUCCAGAACAGCUUGGAAGAACUGGUCAAGAUGCUGAGCUAGACAACCAGCUGGUGGAUUCUUGAAAAGACACCUGUUCAGUAACUUAUUUUUUACACACGCCUGGCUUGGCCAUAAAGUUCCAACUUCUGUGAAGACUUUUUUUCCUUUCCUGUGAAGCAUUUUGUUAACUUAAGUCUCUAAAAUGUGGCCUUGAUUAAAAAAAAUAUUCACCACCAUAA